CUUGACUUGAGAGUCAAAUGAAAUUGAAAGGAAAAUAAUAAAUAUGUUUUCUGAGUAUAAAAAAUACAUUAAACUUGUUAGUUAUUUUUUAUAUAUACAUAUAAAUAUAUAUAUGAACGUACGUAUAUAUGGUGGGGAAAAAAGUUGAUGUCGAUGUUUUUGUAAGACUUGGUGCCAUUCACUAAUUGAAAGAGUUAGAGUGUGUAUAUAUUUAAUUACAUAGAAAAGAAAAAAUUUGUGGACAAAUUUUGACAAAAUGACUUUAUUACCGCCGACUACUGAGCAACAAAAAAAAAUAUAUGAAGAAAUUCCACCGGAUCCUGAAAUGAGACGUAAGGACAUUCAAGCCCUUCGUGAAUGGAUACUAAAACAACCCCAUUUACCAAAACAUAUGGAUAACGACAGAUUAGAAAAAUUUUUAUUCGGUUGUAAAAAUAGCAUUGAGCGUUGCAAGAUGAUUUUAGAAAGAUAUUUCACCGCAAGAACUGCACUUCCGGAGUUUUUUUUACAUAGAGAUCCAAUGUCACGUGACAUACAAGACUGUUGUAAAACAAUAGAAUACUUCGUGUUACCAUCGCUAACCGACGAAGGCCAUCGUGUGACAGUAUUGCGUUUGAAAGACAAGGAUAUCAAUAGAUUUUCUGUUCAAGCUAUUACGAGACGUAUACUUAUGGUAAUGGAUGCAAGAUUAACUGAGGAAGCUUGUCUUUCAAAUCAAAUGGUUUUUGAUCUUGAGGGAUUUACUGCUGCACAUUUUGCUAAAUGUAGUCCAACACAAGCGCUCGUAAGAAAAGCAAUGCUCGCUGCACAAGACAGCAUGCCAUUACGUUUACACAAAGUCUACUUUAUAAAUGCUCCAUCAUUUAUAAAUAACGUCCUUAAUAUUUUUUAUCCUUUACUAAAACCAAAAUUGGUAGAAAAGUUUCGUGUACAUUCGGGUGGAGGUGAAGAAUUGUGCUCUUAUAUGAAUAAAGAUAUUUUGCCAAAAGAAUGGGGAGGUAAAGCUGGAACAUGUAAACAUUUAAAUGAUGCAUGGAAAAAAAAAAUUGAAAAAUACCGAGACUGGUUUUUACAAGAAGAAAAAUUAAGUAAGACAGAUGAGAAAGUGAGAAUGCCAACUUCUUCGUCAUCAUUUGCACUCGAACUUGGCGGCAUUCAAGGCUCAUUUCGACAACUCAAUAUCGAUUGAAUUUAAUUUACUUUUAUAUUUUUUUUACUCUCUAUUUAUUAAUGUUAUAGCCAUAGACAUUUAAUUUCAUUAAAUAAUUAUUUUUUAAAUUUAAUUCAUUAGUUUUAUUCAAAAUAAAAUUCAUCAUUUAACUCAUUUUCCAUUAUAAUUAAAAAAAAUCUAUUUAGUUCUCAAGUGUCCGGUAGUUCCAUCUACAGCCUGGCAUAAAACUUCAAACUAAAUCAUAUUUUAAAUAAAAUAUAUCAACUAUAUAAAUUAUGUAUAAAAAUAAAUUUUAAAUCAAUAAAUUUUUUAAAUAUUUGAAUUUCUCAAAAACUCUAAAUUUUUCCCGAGCUCAAAAUUUUGUAA